CUCCAUCUGCACCAUCAAUCUCACCACGAAUCUUCAUUACGUCUCACGCCUCUCACAACUCAACUAUGGCAGGCGCACAUACCCAAGAAAUUGACCUAGCAUUUGCGGGCAAUCACGAGCUGCGCAAAAGAGUGCACGCGGCUAUAGACCAGAAUCCCACCCAAAUCACCCUAUUCCGCGACAUCUCAUCCUACAUGCUCAACCACACCUCCCCUGCCUCUGCCGAACCAGCGACAAAAAAGCGCAAGCUAGACGACAGCAACGGCGUGUCCGACGGCGCCAUAGGUGGCCUAGGCAGACUCGCGAGCACCGAUAUGAAAGCAUGGCGCUCCUACCCCAGCGUCAGCUUCUCAAUACCGCAGCGCAAAAAGUUGACGCUCGAAUUGGUCACGAACAAAGCGGAAGGCGGGAUCAGGGGCCUCAGCGCUGAUGGGAAGGUUGAGUUCGGAAUUGCCUGGAAAGACGUGGACCAAGUAUUCUGUCUCCCCGUGCCUGAAAAAGCCAAACGUCAGCACAAUUUCGUGGUCCUACCUAUCCACGGCGACGGCGUAAACCCAGUGCCCGAGCAUCUCAAAGCCUCGCCGCCCGAAGCCAUCGUAUGGACGUUCGAAGAGGCGACAGGCAAGAACAUCAUUGAAGGCGAAGACCCCGGCCCAGGCCCUAUGGCAGAAGCAAUACACCAUUGCCUGAUCCAGGCUGGGACGGGGAAAUCCGUGAUAUUUCCCACCGCAGAGGAUUUCCAGAGCGCGAUUGUGCAGAAUCAUAGGAAGGGAGAGAAGGCGUAUCAUGUGAAGGCGCAUCGGGGGAGUAAAGACGGCUACCUCUUCCUCACCUCUGUCGGCAUAAUCUUCGGCUUCAAAAAACCCCUUUUAUUCUUCGAUUUUUCCUCUAUAAACAGCAUAUCCUACACAGCCGUACUCCGCAACACCUUCAACCUCGUCAUCACCACCUCCAACCCCUCCAACCAGGAAAUCGAGUUUGCAAUGAUCGACCAAGCAGACUACCCAGGUAUCCAGGAGUACGUGCAGAAGCAUGAGCUGCAGGACGCGAGUAUGGCGGCGGCACGGAGGGCAAAGAAACUUAACGUGAAUCCGCCGGUUGAGAAGCGGGAUGGCACGAAUGGGGAGAGUAAGGUGGAAGACGGGGAUGAGGAGACGGAGUUGGAGAAAGCGGCGAGGUUGUUGCAGGACCAAGAAGAUGAGGAUGAGGAUGAGGAGGAUUAUGAUCCGGGGAGUGAGGGGGAGAGCGAGGGGAGUGGGGAGGAUAGUGAUGAUGAGGAAGAUGGGGACGGUGGGGAGGAGGGGUAUGAAGAAGCUGAUGGGGAGGAGUAUGAGGAGGGGUAUGAAGAAGGGUAUGAAGAGGCUGAAGGUGGGAGUGAAGAGAUGGAGGGUCAGCAGUAUUAAGGCGCGUGAUGUGCGAUCGUCGACUGCAGGUGGGAGGAUUUUAAUAUGGGAUAGGUACGGAUCACGGACGGUAAGAUACAGAUAUUGGC